AUGCCCUCCGACAAGAUCUGGCUCUCUGGCGAUUGCAUCAAAGAGGAUGGUAUCUACAUCUACAACAGUGGUCCAGAGAAUGGAACACUUAUAUUCAAUACAUAUUCUGGGGAGAGUCCAUCAUUCUCAGACUUCAACUAUUAUGAACCAUCGAUGUUCUCAUUCUUGGAUGAAUGGUAUAUUGCUUAUGAUAAUGUUGAGUUCACAUGGAACAACAUGCAGUUGAAGGAUAGAUUGUCUUUUGUUUGCGAGUAUGGUGGCCUUGAGGACCCCUACAUCAAGCCAGUUCGAACAAUUGGUGAUGCCAAUGCUCUGAUUACCAACAUUAGAAAUCUAUCAACAGUGACCGAUGUCUCCAAACUCAAAGUAACAUUCACCAGCUCUGAUAGUCGCCAAUCUUUCUCCGCCACCAACAUCAGAAAGACAUCAAGCACCUCCAUCACAGUCAACAUCCCACCAGGCACUGGUGUCUUCAACUUGACCAUCACGACCAAUGGUCAACAACCACAAUAUACUUGGAGCACAAUAUUUAGAUACGAGGCUCCUCAUAUUGCAUUGGUAUACCUUGAUUCAGUGGCACAAGGUACAUUGGUAUCAAUAACAGGAAAGAACUUUGGUUCCAACUCCAACAUGGUCUCAAACAUCGCAUUGGGCAAUAACUUGGCAACAUGUUCAGGUGUCCAAGUAAUCGAGGAUGGCUUCCUUACUUGCACACUUUCCAGCACAAUCGACACUUUCAUCUAUCCCAUCAACAUUACAGUAGACUCAAUAUUCUAUACGGCCACCAAGCCCGCCAUAAAUAACAACAACCGAUACCUUUCAACAUUCUGGGGAAAUAGUAAUGUCACUGGAUCAAGCAUAUAUAGUCAUGCUCUGGUGGCAGAGGGACUGAGCGGAUACUUGAGCUAUGUUGAACAGUCCACACAGUCAAUGUAUAAGCUAUUGGCGAGGUAUUAUGCACAGUUGGAGUGGCCAAGAUUCUGGACAUCAUUGGCAUACGACACUACACAAGGAUUCUACAUAACUACAGAUGGACCAAAUGCCAACAAACAAGUGACCAACUACUACCCUGCCCCACCAACCCAAGCACCAGCCUACAUCUACGACUUUGUCGCCAUGACCUACAACGUCUCCCUAGCUUCCAAUCCAUGGGGCACUGUAUCUGAGUUCUUCAUUGACAGUCCACAGUUUGAGUUGGACACAUACUCGGUCCCGACCAAGGGAGCUACUAUAUGGAUGUUGGUAUCAAAGGGCGGUACAUAUUUUAGCCAGUACAGCUUCCAAUUCCAGGGUAGGACUACACCAUUCGCAAGACUCGAUUAUUACCCACCAAGAAAGGAUAUGACAUUCGAUGCUGGCUACGGUGGUCCCUUCCCAAUAAUAGUGACAACCAACUUGAAGAACAAGAACUUGACAACUACCAAGUACUUCUCAUACUCACCACCAUCAAUUAUACACAUGUCUAAUCUUGGGCCCAAUGGAGGAGUGAUCACAGUCACUGGAGACAACUUCUACACCAAUGCAUCAUUGAUAUCAAUCAAGGUUGGCAAUGAUACUUGUGUUGGAGUGAAGUUUGUUCUACCACAUCAAGAGUUCACAUGUACUAUACCUACUCCAUCCGGCAGCUUGUUGGGUGGCCGCAAUGUCGAUGUGUCAUUGAAUGGUACCAAAGCCAGAGCCCCAACCAUCUUCCAAUAUUCAAGGCAAAUCAUUCGCGAUGAAUGGUGUCUCGAUCUCAAUCGCUGGUGA